AUGGGCUUCCAAAGAACCGAAUCCGAUUACUUCGACCUGUCAAUCCCAUUCACACCCCUCCCCAAAUACGGGCACCUUUCGCAAAAGUCUCCCGAGUACUCAGCUGCUGAACCUUUUCUUCAAGAGGCACUCUCUGAACUCAAUGCACAGCCUGAUUUCCCAAGUAUGCGAGCAGUUGCAGGCGAUCCCGAUGCUGUGAUGCCACCAAAUGGGCCAGACCGAUACAAGGAUAUCGUCAUAGAACUUAUACAAAUUCCUACCCGCGACGGGACUAUGAUUGAGUUGAAGCUUUAUAAGAGUAAUAAGGUGAACAAUAAUGCGGUCCUGAUGUAUAGGAUGCAUGGUGGGAAGUGGUGUAUUGGAAGACAUGAGGUUGAUGGAGUUGACAAUGUUUAUGCCGCGACGAAUCCGGAUAUUGUUGUCGUGAGUGUCGACUAUCGGUUGGCGCCUGAAAAUCCGUUUCCAACACAGAUCAACGAUUGCUACGACGGUCUCAUCUGGUGCAAAAACAACUCUGAAAGGCUAGGAAUCAACCCCGAACGUAUCAUCAUCAGCGGUGGCUCCGCCGGCGGUCAGCUCGCCGCUUCUCUCGCCCUCGAGUGUCUAGAGAACAAGACUACCGGCGUCAUCGCACAGGUUCUCCACUUCCUCCCAACAUGUCAUCCCAAAUUCUUCCCAAGAGACAAGUAUGAAUACGGCAGUUACAUCCAGAACCACGACGACGUUGUCCUGGACACAAUAGGCAUGGAAGAUGCUUGGGCCGCGUAUACUCCUGACGCUAAACCGGAUUAUCGACAUUCGCCUCUUCUUGCAGAGUCCUUCAGGGGGUUGCCCCCCACUCUGAUUCAAUGCGCUGGCUUUGAUCCUCUACGCGAUGACGCUUUGGCUUAUGCCGAGGCUUUGAUAAAUGACGGCGUUGACGUUGAAGUUCAUUGUUAUGCCGGCGUUCCUCAUUGGUUUGCUUAUAGCAUGACAGAGUCGCCGCAAAGCAUUCAAUUUCUCGAGAGAUAUAAUAAUUUCCUGUCGGAGCAGACGAAACGGUAG